AUGGCCAUUGCCGGUAGCAUAAUCUUUGAAUGUUUGGCCUCAGAGGAAAGGGACAAGUUACCCAAAACAUCUCAAACGGAAUGGAUCUUGUUGAUGAAAAUGUCAAUCCAAGAUCGUAUAGCUCUUAUUUACUACAACUAUGGAUUAUUUUGUGCUAGUCAUUCUUACUCAAUUAUUGGCUCAGUUUUAUUUAUUGUGAUAAUAGCAUGUUAUCCAUUGACCAAAGUGCCUCUUCCUGGAAAUGCUCCACUAGAAUAUACUAUCCCAAUUCAGAACUUCCUGGAACAGAGGCAAAUGACCUCUCAUGGAAAAGAUUAUAGUUUACAUGGAAAAGAUCUAAAAGUACCACCACGAUGGUAUACUGGUUCACCUUUUGGAUAUGUACAACAAAUUCUUUUUAAAGGAACUGUAAAACCUUGGUUCCCAAAGAAAAUGAUACCAAAUGAUGCUUUUCGAGGACCCCUAAGUAAAGUGUUUGAUGUCGUAGAAGAGUUAAAUUUAUUCAAAUACUCUCACAAUGGCACAGACUUUAGUUUGCCUGAUCUUUGUCUUCAUAUUUCUGAACCCGUUACUUCAAAGUCAUUGUAUCAAUACUUGCCAUCUUUCUCUUGCCUAAUUCUAUCUCCUGCCAAUUUGUGGAAUUCAGAUAGUAACCAGUUUAAAUCUGAUGACAAGUUUAUAAAAACUGUUACACAAAAGUUUGGGCAACCAUUAGACACUCCUCCGACUAUUCAAGAUAUACUCUUUGGAGUUCCUUGGAAAGAAACUGGUGUAAAAAGGUUUUAUAUCCGCAACCGACAGAGAAUAAUAUCUUUUGCUGUUACCAUCAUCUUCAAAUCAUACAAUCAAAAGUUCCAUGAAAGUUUAAGACAUAAGUUGGAAAAAACUUUACCUGGGCGUAUCCAUAAUGCCAAUAAUUCAGCCAUUAAUCAUAUUGUCCAUAUUUAUUUCAAAGAUAUCAACUAUUUUGUUGAGUACACUCCACUAAUGGUUACCUACUUGGUACUUCUUUUAUAUAUAUACUUUUCUGUCCGAAAAAUCGAAAUGGUGAAAUCAAAAUGGGGUCUCGCUCUAAGUGCUGUUGCUACAGUAAUUGCAUCCUUGUUAAUGUCUGUUAGUAUUUGUACAAUGUUUGGAUUGACAACAACGCUAAAUGGAGGUGAAAUCUUCCCUUACCUUGUUGUCAUUAUUGGAUUGGAAAAUGUUCUCAUUCUCACUAAAUCUGUUGUGUCAACUCCAGUUCAUUUAGAGGUUAAGUACAGAGUUGCUCAAGGUCUCAGUAAAGAGGGUUGGUCAAUUACUAAAAAUCUUACAACAGAAUUGCUUAUCAUUCUUGUGGGGUUCUUCACAUUUGUUCCAGCCAUUCAAGAGUUUUGUCUGUUUGCUGUUGUUGGUUUGUUGACCGACUUUUUCCUGCAAAUGGUGUUUUUUGCUACGGUUUUAUCUGUGGACAUCAGGAGGAUGGAGUUGUCUGAUCUUCAGAAACAAAACAUCCAUUCAAGUAUCAGUGGUAACGAAGGUUCAAGUAACACGUACCCACCCAGGGAAUCUUCAUUCCACUCUCCUGUAAUGUUUCUACAGGACACUCGGUCAAUGCCAAAACAGCAGAAGGAAAAGCAAGUCAAUGUUCCAAAUAAUGAUCCGUCCCCAUCAUUUGCUCAGAUGAGAGAUGAGUUCUUUAACAGUCCAACAAUUCUGGAGCUGCCAAGGCGCCUACAGAUCUUGUUUUUCUUAGCUCGAACUAGAAUAGUUCAACGAGUUAUAAUGAUGGGAACAGUCAUUUGGAUUAUCUUGAUUCUCUACAAAGCAGGUCUAAUUGGUUACACUUUGGUGGAUUCCAUUAUAGCUCUAGUAUAUGGUGGACUCUUUAAAAACUCUUCCUCGCACCAGAAUGAAGAGCGCUUAAUGGGAAAAUAUGAUGAUGAUGCUGGCUCAGUUGAACAUAAAGAUUUGGAAAUGUGGCGUAAAUUAUCUUACAAACAUUUUCCAACUCUGUUUGGAUAUUAUAACAUCAGUAUAUAUGGAAGAUUUGUCAGUAUCCUGCCAACAAUUCACCUUUCGGCUAUUAUAACCCCUGAAGAAGCUAUCCAAUCUCGUCAUCCAAAUGAUAUAGAAAUGCUGAAGAAACAACAGAAUGCUGUUGAAAGUGGUUGGGAAGAGUAUUUGCCUAGCAUCAAAAGUGGAGACACUGAGGGCAGUAAUUCUCAAUAUUUAUCUGAAAGAGAGUUUUUCAUAACUGUCUGUUUGGUACUACUGAGUUUCAUCUUAAUCUUUUAUUUUAUCAUCACACGCUGUUCUGGCAGAUUCUCAAAAUUGAGACAAACCUGGUGUAAAUUUCGUCAGCAAAAGAAGAAAGUAGUUGAACAAACAAAUAAUUAUAUUCAACAAAUCCAUGAAUCUAUGCCACUUGUUUUAAAGGGUCAUUGUCAGGAAAUAGAAUGUGUGAAAACUGAUGGACAGUUGAUAGUCAGUGCUUGUCUUGGUGGAACGUUGAUGGUAUGGGAUUCAUUUACAGGAGAAUGCUUGACUAGAAUACUUCGUCAUAAUUUAUCAGUUCGGAAUGAACAUCAUAUGAACAAGAACAACACAGAUGCAACCUCUGCAUUUGCUGAACAGGAAAACAGCAACACAGAUUCUAUUAACAGGCUCUCAUCUCUUAAUGCAAACAUUUUAUCAUCUGCCUUCAAGUCGGAGAGAAACAGCCAAUCAUUCCUUAAUGAAUUACCAGAUUUAUCAAGCACUAUUGAUAGUGACUUCACAAGUUCUAUCUCUAGCACUUAUUCUUCACCAUUUGGAACUCCUGACAACUCUACUAACAACUUAACAGGAUUUGAUUUUGGUGCUCACUUCAAUGAAGUUUAUAAAGAUCAUAUAUCAAAUGUGAAAGAAGAUCAUGGUUGUCAAAAUAAAAGAAAUCAUUUAGAAAUUGAUGAUUUGGAUUUAUUUACUUUUGAUGACCUUGACAGUAGAAGUUCUACAAGCACAGAAACAGUUGGGGCUGUUGAAAGAGAUAUUAAUUAUGAAAUGUCUUCAAUCUGGUGUCUGUGUUUUAAAGAUGGUCUUAUUGUAACUGGUUGUGGCAAUGGCCGGAUUGAGCUCUGGAAUGCCAGCAAUGGGAGUUUAAAAUGCAUAUAUAAUAACCACAAAAUUAGUGUCACAGCUCUUUGUUUAGAAAGAAACAAGCUUGUUGCUGCCAGAUUAGAUGGUAGUAUGGAUUUUUUGGAACUAGAAACUUUUCAGAAUCUUGGAAACAUAUCUUCUAACUCAACACCUGGACUUCAUACACGCGGUCCCGUACGCCAUCCGUCCAGUUCAGCUUCAAAUAAAAACAGUACAGGCACAGUUGGAUGUUGGGAAGAAUCAGUCUCCUGUGCUUUAUUGCAGCGUAUUCAAGCCCACCAAAAGCCAAUUACUGCCUUACAAUCAGAAGCUGGACGUGUAGUGUCUGCCAGUGAUGAUCGCACACUCAAGGUAUUCUGUCUAGAGGACUGCAUAUGUAUGUAUACAUUAUAUGGUCAUCAUGGUAGUAUUACAGCUCUUUACUUAGAUAAGGGACCUCCAUUUUCUGCUGCAAGUGCUUCCACUGAUGGUACGGUUCGGUUAUGGGACUUGCUGACUGGUUUCUGUAUCCAUAAACUGUGUUCUUACGAACAACCUAUCACUGCUUUGACAUGUUCCCUUCAGUAUGUGAUCAGCCAAGAUCAGGAUUACCAUCUCUGUGUAUGGGACCGCAUUAGAGGUCAACUCUUGUAUAACUUACAACUGGAGCCUGGUUUAUAUAGUCAACAAAUGGCAUUACUCACUGAUAAACUUCUACUGCUUGGAGGACAGGGUGUUUUGUAUUUAUGGGACGUUUUUCAAGGUCAGCUGAAAAGGCAAAUAAAAGUCAGCCAUACGGAUCAAGCAGCUUUUAUUCGUUUUGUCCAAGUCUUUGACCACACUGUUGUGUGUGAUUAUGGCAAUGAACUUCGUGUUAUCAACUUUCCUACAAUUACCCUUAUUUUUUACCAAAAUUUCUUCGGGUUCCUGUUUCCGAUAUAG